GCGGAUGUUGUGACUAAUGAGUCCGGAAGCGAAUUAUUCACUGAAAGUUAAAUAUUACAAACAUUCUGAAACAGAAGUAAGACACAAUGGCAUUGAAUGCCCCACAAAUGGGGACACUUCAAGUCCGUUGGGAUCCAAAGAACUUGGAAAUCAAAACAAAGUCUGUAGAAAAAACUCUAGAACCAUUAGUUACACAGGUUACAACACUCGUCAAUCAGAAAUCCCCAUCAAAUAAAAAGAAAGGACGGUCAAAGAAAGCUCAUGUCCUGAGUGCUGCAGUACAGAAGGCAACAGAAAACUUUAUCAUUGCUGGAGAAACAAUUGCCAAUGAAAAUCCAGACAUCAGAAAUGAUAUGCUGGAUGCUGUAGAUGAAGUAAAGAAAACAGGUGACACAAUGACAGAGGCAUCACAAGAUUUUGCUGCUGAUCCAUGUUCUCUUGCUAAAAGAGGUGCUAUGGUUCGUGCUGCACGUGCAUUACUGUCUGCUGUCACACGACUGAUGAUUUUGGCGGAUAUGGUUGAUGUACAUUUACUAUUGAAGACUUUAAAUCUGGUUGAAGGUGACCUUGACAGAGUAUUAAAUGCCACAAGCCAGCAAGACCUGAUGGCAACUUUUAAAGACUUGGGAGACAGUAUUAUGGAUCUGACAAAUAAAGCGGCACACAGACAAAAUGAUCUUAAGGAUCCAAGAAGAAAAGAAGAUAUGGCUGCAGCUCGAGCGUUAUUAAAGAAAAAUAGCAUGAUGUUAUUAACUGCAUCUAAGGCCUAUGUAAGACAUCCAGAAUUAGCCUCAGCCAGAGCUAAUCGUGAUUAUGCUUACCAACAAGUGAGAAAUGCCAUCAGUACAAUCUCUGGUGUGGCCCAAGCAUCUGGACAAUCAGAUGCUCAUCCUUAUGAAGGAGCUGGAGAGUUGGCAUCAGCUCUUGAUGAAUUAAUGCAAAAGAUUAUUAUGGAUCCAUUAUCCUACAAUGAAGUCAGAACCAGGCCAUCAUUAGAAGAAAGACUUGAGAGUAUAAUCAGUGGUGCUGCUUUGAUGGCUGACUCAUCCUGUACAAGAGAUGAUCGUAGAGAAAGGAUCGUACAGGAAUGUAAUGCUGUUAGACAAGCUCUCCAAGAUUUACUGACAGAAUAUAUGAAUAAUGCUGGUAACUCAGAACCAAGUGAAGGAUUAGAAAGAGCUAUUGAGAACAUGCAGAAAAAGACAAAAGAUCUGAGAAGACAGUUGAGGAAAGCUGUAGUGGACCAUGUAUCUGACUCAUUUUUAGAGACCAAUGUACCGUUGUUAGUCUUGAUAGAGGCUGCAAAGGCAGGGGAUGAGAAGGGAGUAGAGGAAUAUGCCCAGGUGUUUGCUGAACAUGCUAAUAAACUUGUCGAGGUAGCCAACUUGGCCUGUUCAAUGUCCAGUAAUGAGGAUGGUGUUAAAAUGGUCAGACUUGCUGCAGCAGAAUUAGAAAAUCUUUGUCCACAGGUUAUAAAUGCUGCUAGAGUACUAGCUGCUCGUCCACGAUCCAAAGUGGCACAGGAAAAUAUGGAUGUAUUCAAAGAUGCUUGGGAAAGAGAAGUCCGUCUGCUCACAGAUGCUGUGGAUGACAUUACAACUAUUGAUGAUUUCUUAGCUGUCUCUGAAAGUCACAUCUUGGAAGAUGUAAAUAAAUGUGUGGUUGCAUUACAAGAAAUGGACCCUGACAAUCUAGAUCGUACUGCUGGUGCCAUCCGAGGUCGUUCAGCACGAGUCUGUAAUGUUGUUAGUGCUGAGAUGGAUAAUUAUGAACCUGGUUUGUACACAGACAGAGUGAUGGAGGCUGUUGUUAUGCUCAGAGAUCAAGUUAUGCCAAACUUUGCUGAGAAAGUGGAAAUAGCAGUGGAUGCACUGAGCUGUAAUCCACCGAGGGAAAUAGAUGAAAAUGAAUUUAUUGAUGCUAGUCGUCUGGUAUAUGAUGGUGUCAGAGAGAUCAGACAGGCAGUUCUUAUCAACAGGAGUCCAGAAGAAAUAGAUACAGAUACUGAGUAUGAUGUUGAAGAUGAAUAUGACACACACAUGAGUAAAUCAAGUUACACAACAGAACAAGAUUACUCAGGGCAAAAAAGUGAGAGAUGGAUUAUGGCUCAUCUGCCUGAGGAACAAAAGGAAGUUAUCCAACAGCAUGUCCAGGAAUUCCGUACUGCCAAACGAGAAUUGGACCAGGAAAUAAGGAAAUGGGAUGACAGUGGAAAUGAUAUCAUUGUUUUGGCCAAACAGAUGUGUAUGAUUAUGAUGGAAAUGACAGAUUUUACAAGAGGAAGAGGUCCAUUGAAGAGUACAAUGGAUGUCAUUAAUGCUGCAAAGAAAAUCUCAGAAGCUGGAACAAAGCUAGAUAAAUUAUCAAGAACUAUACUUGAUAUGUGUCCAGAUUCUGCCUCCAAGAAAGAUUUAGAAGCUUACUUACAGAGAAUAGCCCUGUACUGCCAUCAAUUGAAUAUCACCAGUAAAGUCAAAGCUGAUGUUACGAGUGCUAGCGGAGAACUUAUUGUAUCAGGGUUAGACAGUGCUACAUCUUUAAUUCAAGCAGCCAAGAACUUGAUGAAUACAGUGGUAUUAACCGUCAAAGCUGCCUAUGUUGCUUCUACUAAGUACAAGUUACCUGGACAAAAGAAUGUUGUAAUGUGGAAAAUGAAAGCUCCUGAGAAGAAACCAUUAGUAAGGAAAGAAGAUGCUAAAGACUUACGAUCUCAGAUCAAAAAGAGUGCUGUUAAAAAGAAUGUAGAACCAGUGAAAGCACUAAGUGAAUUCCAGGAAAUAGAUACCAGUAGUUACUGUUGAUAAAAUAGACAUAUUGUUUUACCUGUCUUAAUCUUAACUUGUUUAUUUCACUACACAAAAUUCAAUCGUUUUAUAUUGACAUGAGAAUACAUAUGUGGUUGUCCUUAUAAGGCAUGUAUGUUGAUAAAUGUUUUGGGUUUUGUAACUGUAAAAAAAGGACACCACAUUGGAACAAAUAAUUUAAUAGUAUAUGUGUAGGAGAUAACAUUAGCAGUCAAAAUAUUGAGUAUUUUUUUAUAAUUUGACUGAGAGGAGAUAUGAUAGAUAGAUGGUGCCAUUUUACGUUCAAACCCUUUCAUAUUAAUUGAGGACCCCAAAACUUGAUUUUAAGGAACGGUUAUUUUAAAUAUAAUUUGUUUACUUAGAAGAACUUUUUAUUGUCUGUAAUCAUCAAUAUAAUAUUGACAUACAUAUACAGAUAUAAGAUAUAAAGAGUUCUAUAUUAAGGUUGUGAUGUUAAAAAUUCAAAAUGGCAUAGGAAAGAAUUAAUGUUUUGUCUGAUUCACAAAUAUAAAAUGUUAAAAAUGUUGCAGAGUUUGAAACUGAAUGUUAAAUUAUGUAGAGAAUUACUAUUGUUAGGUGUCAAAUUAGAAAUAUGUUAACUGAAAUAGAACUUGAUAUAUAUAUUAACAUGAAGACAAGUCAGCAUUAAAGCAUACUUACAAAAAUAAGACACUUAUCAAACAUGAAAACACACAUUGGUAUUAAUGUCAUACAAAUAUCAGUUUUGUAAAUACAACCAUCUACAUCCUUUUAUAAUCAUCAAUUGGGAUUUUUCAUUUUCAUAACAGAAUCUCAUUUAAUUGUUUCUUAAUUUACAUGCAUGUAGUUUGAUUGUGGUGUUAAACUGAACUGAACAUAUCAUUUUAUUGUGCUACAUUAAUUUCUAUUAACAACUUUUAAAUUUUUUUUUACAAGAUUUUUAUUUAUCAUUUUUUUCAUUUCAUUAUUUUAUUUAAACAAAUAUAUGUUUAGCAAAUUCAGGCAGAGUUUUGAAUAGGAAAGCUGUUAGCAAUUUCACAUAGAUGUUUCUAAAUAAUUUAUUUCAGAAAAAAAAACCUUAAAAUUAAAAUUUAUGAAAACAAUUUAUAAUGUCGAAGUAUGAUAAUUUAUUUUGAAAACCACUCUUAAUUAUUAUUUCUUAAUAGACAUAUUAACACUUGAAUGCAAAUUUGUCCGCCAUUACUUAAAAUCACACAAGUUCCCGUAAAAUUUGACAUCACAAUUUGAAAUAAUUUGACGUCAUAGUUAAAAAGUGGUUGUUGCUUGAUGUCAGAAGGUUUUUCAGAGACAGAUCUAAGGUCAUUCUGAGACAAAAUUCAGCUCAAUACCAAAACUUUGAAUAAGUUUAUAGAUUUUUCAUAAUUUUUUGUCUCGCAUGCAAUUUUCAAUGUUUAGUUUUCUCAUUAAGUUAGUUUGAUGGGAACUGCUUACAAUAGACAAUAUUUUCUAUAAAGUUGCAUUGCUGUCUGUACAUCUCAGUAUGUCAACCAUUUUGAGGCCCUACCCACUAGUUGGUUCAGCUACUUUGAAUUAACUAGCAAUAUUGCUGCCCAUCAGAUUGUCUUUUUCUGAAUUUUAUGCAGACAGGCGAGACAUAUCUCUGUGUCAGCAGUUUAUUUAUAUUCAAAACAUUUGUUGUCUUUCUAAAGAUUUAAAUUACAAAAAACUACAAACAUUUAUAAUGUCAGAUUAAAUAACUAAUAACCACAACACACAGGAUUACAAUAAGAAUUUCAAAGUAAGAUUUUCUUACCUUUGAACAGAAUAAUUUCACAGAAAAUGUAUACAGAGCUAUUUCCCCUUAUAUCAAGUUAAGUUUUGCAUUUAGAUUUUUCUCAUUAUAUUUUUCAUAGAUUCAUUAGUUGUAUAAAUAAAAAAUCAAAUCUGUAUUUGUUAAGCUUUAAGACAAGGUAGAGGGCAAAAGACACAAAUAUUUCACUUUUUAAAAGGAAAGUAGUCCACAUAUUGCUAGAAGAUAAUAUUAUUUACAAAACUUAAGAUGCUAAUUGGUGAGCAAGUUUUUGUCACAUUACAGUUUUAUUUCCACAAUAUUGUUAGGUCAGUAUUUUUCUAUGUGGAAAUUUAAUAUCUAAUAUAAAAUUGAUUUUUAUUACAUGAAAAUAUGACCAAAAAAUAACCUAAUAUGUUUGUUACCUUAAGAUAAAAUAACACACAAAUUUUCUUGUAUAGUGUAUGCAUUGAUAUUUAGGAAAAUAUUUAAACAGCUAAAAGAAGAUUUGUAAAAAUUUAGAACAAGUUUAAUUCCGUUGGUUGUAGAGUUAUUGUUUAUUUAUUUUUAAUAAUGGUUGUGAGAAUUUUUUAUGUUGUAUUUUUUAUAGUGUACAUUUACAAUUAUUUUUCAAAAAGCAUACUUUAGUCAUUAUCAGAAAUAGAAGCUACUUUAUACAUCUGAAUUACAUGGACUUCAUUAAAACAGAUUUUCAUACUAAA